GGGCCCAUUCAAAUUACACAAUCAAUAAACUAAAACUACUAGUGGGAUGCCUCUGCCAAAUUUAAAUUGAGUCCACAAACGAGAGCAUCCGAUCCACACGGAACAUAGUACAGUGGAUUCGCUGGUAUUGGUGGAAUAGUGCCAUGCCAAGAAUAUACAAUACCAACCCACCAUCUUUAAAUAUUUGGUAACAUUCGAACUUACUGAAACAGGAUUUUCCAAGGUAUUGGAUCCCUUCGCUUCAAUUCUUCGUUCUCACUCAGCCAUGGGAGAUAUUGAUGAACGCAUAAGUUCAAGUCUAUAUCCUUUGCAUAGAUGCAAAAUUUUGCACCUGGUGAGACAUGGACAGGGGUUCCAUAAUGUAGCACAAUUGACAGAAAAGGAUGCAGCCCUUUGCUAUGAAUAUUUUGAUGCUAGCCUUACUCCUAUAGGGUGGCAACAGGUUGAUAAUCUACGCAGGCAUAUUUCAGAAAAUGGCAUUUUAUCCAAGGUUGAACUGGUUGUGACCUCACCUUUGCUGAGGACUAUGCAAACAGCAGUAGGAGUUUUUGGUGGAGGUGAUUGUAUUGAUAAUACAACUCCUCCCUUGAUGAUAGCUGGUGGUGGGAAUAGUAAUCAUACACCAAUAUCAAGCACAGGAUGUCCACCUGUUAUGGCUGUGGAAUGGUGUCGAGAACACUUGGGAGUACUUCCGUGUGACAAAAGGAGAAGCAUCAGCGAAUAUCGACCUAUUUUCCCUGCCAUUGAUUUUUCUCUGAUCGAAGCAGAUGAAGAUAUUCUGUGGCAACCAGAUGUCAGGGAAAAAGAAGAAGAAAUUGCAGCACGUGGGAUUUUCUUUUAUAACUGGUUAUGGACAAGAAAGGAAAAGGAAAUAGCAAUUGUUUCACAUGGUGGAUUUUUGCGACAUACAUUGGCUCUCUUUGGGGUAGAUUGCGACCCAUCUGUUAGAAAUGAGAUCUGCAACGAUUUUACCAACUGUGAGCUUAGAUCAAUGGUUCUCACAGACAGAAGUGCAAUUGGGAAAAGUCUAGUUACAACAGAUUAUCCAGGAGGGGUCCCUCCUGGUCCUGAUGUACCUAGUGAUAAUGACGAUAAGGAUUUGCUGGCUAAUGAAAAGGCAUCAGCUUGAUAUUGGUGAAUUGUGAUCUGGUAAAUGUUUGCUAUAGAAUAAUUGUCAGGAUUCAAAUUAGAAAACUCAAUUGUUCUACUACCCAUGUUUAAAUUAGUAAACCAUCAUUUUUUACAUGCAGUUUUCUAUAUCUAGUUUUAGAGUUCAGCCACGGGUCUCUGUUGUAUGCAGCACCCUGAACAGGCAUACUCUUUAACACAUGUGGACAUGCACGAACAAAUAAUUUAUGAUGCUUUUAUCUA